ACUCACAUGUGACCUGAGGGAGGCCCAGUGGCUGGGGACUCUGUAGGACCUAGUACUGCUGGGGCUAGUGGUCUCUUGUGGGAGACUCUGUCUGCCUCUGAAUUCUGUCUCUCCCGAUCUGACUUUUGGAAGGAGCUAUAGGCCCCUUAUAUUGGAGGCAUCAGGCCGGCAGAUGUCAUCUCCUAAUUAUCAAUAAUCUGGGUGGGUGUGGACAGCUGUGUUUGAUCAGGUGCGUGAUGCUGUCUGGGGGGUAGUUUUUUUAAUUAAUACGGUCAUGUCGCCUGGUCUGUCAUCACACAGUGGCGAGAACUCCUUUUCCCUUUGUGACCGACCUCUGUUGGGUCAGGUCUUAAUCUCACUUUAAUUACUGUAGGGUGGGUGAACUUACAGGGGUGUACGCCUGUUCAUCUAGUUCCUGCUAUAUGUGUUGUUCUUCUUUGGGCAUAAACAAUCAUUACACAGACUAGGAUGAUCCAGACCAGGAUGUUCCAGACUAGGCUGGUCCAGGCUAGGAUGGUUGUACCCCUGGUUUUGGGUUAAAAUAGUUUUCCCUGCCAUUUCUUCAGCUGCCUCAUAGAUACUGUUUUACCUAAACCAUCACUGUUGACAGAUUGAGCCGUCAUCUCGUCCAUCAUUUGAGGAGUUGACUCAGAAGCUUGAGCCUCUCUUGCACCAACUCACUACACAGUCUUCAAGACAUGGUCCCAGAAAACUCAAAAAUGUGUGUCAUCGUCGAUCCAUGUCAGAUGACACAUUCAAGGUCCUGCGCAACCAGAUGGGUGAUGCUGUGUGUGUGGCGGGCGUCUCAGGAGCAGCUCACCCAGUCACCACUUUGGUAAUUUCUACUGCUGUUACACCACAGGAAAUUGUUGAGAAGAUGAGUGCAGCUGACCCUUACUUCCAGCCUUCCACUGGCACAGUCAAUCCCUUCACACAGCUAAAAUUGCCCGCCAGAUCACAGUUAGCGCUGCAGGAGGGCGGUAGAUACUGCCUCUCCCUGCCUGACUAUCCUGGUUUGCUGGUACACUCACCAAGCUUGGAGAUCAAUAAGCACAUCCAUACAUCAGACUCUUGCUUGUGUCCUCCUGCAUCUUCUACUCAUUGCCAGUGCCAUGUAAACCAAAGACAAUUCUCAUCUCAAGUUGACAAUAACAGAAAACACUGCCAGUGUGUGCACAGUGCAAGAAAGUCAAAAGUUAUUGAAAGAGAAGUGACAGAUUGCAAAUGUAAGUUAACUAGAGUAUCCAGUGUUGGCCCGUCAGUGUGGCAGCAAGACGUAUGUAGGCCGUUAGGUCAGGCAGAGGAAGACGGACCAGCUAGCAGUAUGCCACGUUUAGACCCGGGUAGUGGAGGUGAGGCAGGAAACACAGUAUUACACACUAAUCACCUCGGAGGACCGGUUCGGCGCCGUGGCUCGGGAGAAAGUGGGUUUUUUAGUGUUGGAGACGUUGAACGUGUGGGUACGCCCGAGCUCUGCUUAUCUUACUCAGAGCUGAGCACAGCUUCUCUGAUGUCCACGGAAGAUGACGAUCCCGGUCAUCACUGCCUCGUACAGAGAUCCUCUUCUGUUGUAACUGAUAGUUCAGAAGACUUAUCUAGUCUUGGUUGCUGCCAUGAUCCUCAAAACUCUUGUGAUCUCUCUUCCUUGUGUGAGAGUGAGGAUGUUAUGCCCGGUAGCCGUUUGUCGGAUUAUGAGGUGGACACUGAUAUUCGUCAGAUAGUGGACUUCUUCGAAAGGAAUGUUGGGUCUGGUUCUGGGUCGGACACUCCGAGACGCACAUCGUCUAGAGUACGGCAAGGGUGCUUGGUACCUCUACUGACACACAAGUUCAGUGCUCUACAUGCUGGUCAUAGACUGAUCAGUGUUACAAGUCCUCCAUGUCCUGUUCAUCACACCAUUAGCACCUCAAAUGCUGGCAAUAAGUCAUACAGCACCAAAGAUUGUGCAACACCAAAGUCCUGCCGUCAGCCUUGUUCCCGUGCUGAGCGGCGUGAUACAUUUCGGGUCAAAGACAGACCAAAAGUUUACAUAACAGAAGGUACCGUCCGUGCAAAGCGCGAUAUAUUUGAAGCAAAAUGAGUCAAGCAAAAUAUAUUUUCUUUAUGUGCGAUCAUAAUGUUUUUAAUGUAAAUUGUUCGUAUUUUUGUUUCCUAGUCACAAGCUAAGUGUUUUGUGAUAUUGAACUAAAAGUUUUUCUUCCUUUGUCUCUAAAUAUGUGAAAUAAAGAUAAAACCUGAUAA